UAAUAAUAAGUCUUUAGAACGAGUUCGUAUUGUUUUCAGACAUAAAUUUAAUAACAGGUUUUCGUUUUCCGACGGUUUACUUAAUAAACUUGGAUUUUCUCAUACAUUUUAAAUAAAUCAAGGCUUUUUCAAGACUACAUAUUAAUAUUUAUUUUAACGGAUUUAUUUGAGUACAACAUGGCAGACGAUGAGCAAGAUCCAAAAGAAUACCGGUGGGAAACAGGUUACGAAAAGACAUGGGAAGCCAUAAAAGAAGACGAGGAUGGCUUGGUGGAAGGAUUAGUGGCCGAGUUUGCCCAGAAAGCGGCGCGCAAAGCUGCCGCUCCUCGGCGCGGUCCAGUCAGACUAGGCAUGAUGCGGCAUCUCCUUGUGGCCGUCGAUUGCUCUGAUGCCAUGAACUGCCAGGAUUUGAAGCCAUCACGAUUCCUGUGCACUUUAAAGUUAUUGGAAAAGUUCGUAGAGGAGUUCUUCGAUCAAAAUCCAUUGAGUCAGCUUGGCAUUGUGGCAAUGAAGAACAAGAGAGCAGAGAGAAUCACUGACUUGUCUGGAAAUGUUAGGAAACAUAUUAAAGCUGUUCAAGGAUUGACAAACAUCCCCCUGACAGGAGAGCCGUCAUUGCAGAACACACUGGAGUUUGCUGGACGUGUGCUCCGACCUUUGCCAGGGCAUGCAUCUAGGGAACUACUUGUAUUGUUUGCUUCACUCACCACAUGUGACCCCUCGGAUAUAACUGCUACGAUCCAGGGUUUGAAGACAGACGGAAUAAGAUGUUCGGUCAUUGGUUUAGCAGCUGAAGUAAGAAUAUGUAAAAAGUUAUGUCAAGAUACUGGCGGAGAUUAUGGGGUAGUAUUGGACGACGUCCACUAUCGCUCCUUGCUCCUGGACUACACGAAUCCCCCGCCGCGGGCGCGCGCUCUGGACGCGGGGCUCGUCAAGAUGGGGUUCCCCCACUGCGCCCCCCCGACCACCGAGACAGACCCCUCCAACAGCGCAGAUCCGCCAAUCACAGUUUGCAUGUGCCAUUUGGAAGAGGGCGAAGGCGUCGGUGGGGAGGGCCACCUGUGUCCGCAGUGCCGCAGCAAGUACUGCUCGCUGCCGGCGCAGUGUCGCACGUGCGGGCUCACGCUCGCCUCCGCGCCUCAUCUCGCCAGAUCGUAUCACCACUUGUUCCCUGUAGAACCUUAUGAAGAGGUACCCAAUGAAGGACAAGCUCAAUACUGUUUUGGCUGCCUUAGGCCUUUCACAGAUGUCGACAAGCAGAUCUUCCGCUGCCCGCGUUGCCUGGAGUACUACUGCUGGGAGUGCGAGGCGGUGGUGGGCGGCUCGCUGCACGUGUGCCCGGCCUGCGCCGCGCGGCCCGCGCUCUACCAGCGGCUGCCGGACACGUCGAAAUAGAUCUCUCGUCUAUCGUUGUAAUGCUAUUGCUAGAGGUGCAAGCCGUUAAUGGGGAAUCGUCUGCAUCUGCGGCUGCCAGUAUCUCCAAGUAGAGUGUCAUCAACAGUACUGCUUGUGCAUUUUACUGGCGAAAAUCGAGGUUACGUCGGCGAUACCAUUUGAACGUCAUUUAAUUUUUAUGUCAAUAAACCUGGGGGAGGUUUGGGUUUAAUGGCUGAGAAUGCAAUUGGGAUGGAACACUACGAUGAGAAAGAUUGUGUAAUUUAUUAAUUUUAUAUGUACAUAAUGUA